GUAAAAACUGAGUCAAGGAAAAACUUUGUUUUCUUGCUCUUACUUUGCAGAAAUGGAAGAUAUUGAAGAAGAUCCACCUCGAGAUCCACCUUUGUCAGACACAGAUGAGCUUCAAGCGACAGCUAAAGUAAAUGCGGAUCCUUCUGCUUCUUCUGCAGGAAUGGGAAUGGAAUUAUCUGAGCAGGAAAGUCGCAUCAGAGACCUUCUAGACGGCUUAUCAUUAACAGCAGGACGAAGCUCUACUACUGAGUACAAGAAAAAAACAUUAGGUGUUGUUCAAAACCUGGUAAAUUAUCUGAAUCCUCUGGGAUAUUUCAAGAAAGAUCAAGCAGGACAAGCCUAUAGUUGGGAGAUACCAUUUGAAGAUAUAAGAGAGCUUUCAUACAUUGGGAAAGGAGGCCAAGGUGCAGUUUUCAGUGGAAAGUACCGUGAUAAUGAAGUAGCUGUUAAAAAAGUUAAUGAUCCUAAGCAAACAGAAUUAAAGAUAUUACGCAAAUUAUCCCAUCCAAACAUUGUCAAGUGUCUUGGUGUAUGUAACAAACCACCUUGCUACUGUAUUGUGAUGGAAUACUGCAGAUUGGGUAAUUUAUUUGAUUAUAUCAGAAAGACUUCGACAAAAAUAAUGCCAUUUGAUGUGAUCCAAUGGUCUCGUGAAAUAUGUACUGGUAUGCAAUUUUUACACUCCAAAAAGCUAAUACACAGAGACUUAAAGUCACUAAAUGUGUUAGUGAGUGACAAUCAUUCUAUGAAAAUAACGGAUUUUGGUGUUAGCCGCACUCUUGAUCAUCAGUUUACUAAAAUGACUGUAAUUGGAAGUGUAGCAUGGAUGGCCCCUGAGCUAAUAAGGAGUGAGCCAUGCAGUGAAAAGGUAGACAUUUGGUCUUUUGGUGUGUGUCUUUGGGAAUUACUAACCCGUGAAGAACCAUAUAAAGAUUUAAAUCAUGGAGCUGUUAUUUAUGGUGUUGGAUCCACUACACUGAGUCUGCCCAUACCUACUGGUUGCCCUUCUGAUCUUAAAUCACUGCUCCAAAAAUGCUGGCAACAGAAGCCUAAAUCAAGACCAUCUUUUAGUCAAAUAAUUGAAGAGUUGAAUGUAAUAGCACUUGGAGAGUUCCUAAAGUUUGACUAUGCUGAAUAUAUUCAAAUGCAAGAUAGCUGGAAAACUGAAAUAUCUCUUUGUUUGGAUGGACUUACAAAAAAUCUCCAAUUCCAUUCUAAUUCUCAUGAUGAAGUGAAUCGUAUUGCAAUGAUGAGAGAUGAAGAGCUAAGACAUGCAAGAGAAGUACGAGAAAUGUAUGAAAAGAAGUUAGCUAUUGCAUCAGAACUCUGUGACAUUUUAGCUGCCAAAAAAGAAGAGCUUGAAAUGUUGUCAAAUGAGUUACAGCACAGAACUAAUGAUAUACAACAUGAAGCAGUAGACAGUGUUAUUUCUUCUCUUCCCUCUUCAAAGCCUUUGUCUAUACCAAAAGGUAGAAGGCCAUCAACAGUGAAUUCAUCAGCAACAACUUCUAAAGUUGGAAGCUUAUCCUCCCUAUCCCCUGAAAUACUUAUAACAGAGACUGGAGACUAUUCCCCAGCAAUAAAGGAUUUUCUUAGCAGGCUGGAUGACACCAAAAUCUCACUCUCUAAAAAAAGUGGACAUCGAAGAGCUCAUUCAUUUAGUGGCCAUUCAUCAGAUAACAUAUAAAAUAAACAGCAACAAUUCCUUGUGAUAUAGAUUAUAUAAAGACAAAACAGUGUGUGCCCCCUUUUUAUAUUAA